GGAAAAAAGAAAAUUCUCAAUCAACAAAGUACAACAAACUACACGUUUGCCUCAUUUAAUAAUUUCUGUGAACGUAAUCGGGUAUAAUAAGACACAACACGAUGCAGGAUGAUAUUGAUGGCAUUCAUUCGGAUGAUUCGGGAGGCGAGCACUUGCUCAAACAAGGGGAACCGCUGCGAGAACAAGAUCGCUUUCUGCCGAUAGCCAACAUCACAAAAAUCAUGAAAAAAGGCAUUCCCGCCAAUGGGAAAAUUGCUAAGGAUGCUAGGGAGUGCAUACAGGAGUGCGUGUCGGAGUUCAUAUCAUUCAUCACAUCGGAAGCCAGCGAUCGGUGUUAUAUGGAGAAACGCAAAACCAUUAAUGGAGAGGACAUACUGUGUGCCAUGUACGCGCUUGGCUUCGAAAAUUACAUCGACCCCUUGAAGCUGUAUCUCAACAAAUACCGAGAGAGUGUUGCAGCCGAACGAACAGUCUCCGAAGAAUCGAAAGAACCACAGACGUCCUCUGAGCCAGAUUCACCUGAACGAUUCGUUUUACCGACCACCAUAGGUAAUGCCGACAUCGUUUAUCAUACGGAAGAAGGAGAGGUUUUCUUCAAGAACGCACCAUAUGAGCGUUUGUAAUAAUCUUAAAGGCAGUAAAUUACAUGUCCAUACCCAGGCGAUCUUUUAUUUUCAAUAAACUUUCAUAAGUAUCCAAUUGUAA